AGCGAAGUGGCGUUUCAGGCGCCGGCCGGCAGUCUCCGCUGAGUACAAGCUUCUUCCAAGCCCUUCUAACUCCUUGGCGUGGAUUGAUAUGCUAUUAAGAGCGACCACGACAUGAGCGACAUCACAACCGUCCUCGGACCCGACGAGCCGCCGCCACUACUGACUCCGGAGCAGAUCACUCAUCUCGCUUAUCAUGGAUGGCUUCCGCUGACGCUGCCGGUGCACCUCAACGAUGCCGUGACGCGACUCUCCCAAGCUGCGAGAGCUUUCUUUGACCAGCACGUGUCACUGAAAAGAUCGCAGUAUCCGGCACGACGAGGUACAGAAUGCGGCUUCUACGAAUGUCCUGGCGAAAAAGAAUACCUUACUAUUCGGUAUGACACUAAUGCGACCUCUUACCUGGAAGAAUGUGCGCGGCUGCUCUGGCGUGAUGCGGCUAACUACUUGCACCGCGUACUCUGCGAUAUAAGCAGAGCUGGCGAAUACAAUGUACAUGCCUGGAGCUCGCUAGUGAAGCAUGGACUCGAACUGCCCGCGGAUGACAGCAGUCUGGACACCGUCACCUCAUUGCUACGAAUGUUUCGCUAUCUUCCUGACAGCGGCGUUGCGGCACAGCACGUCGACAAUGGCCUACUCACCCUAUGUGUAGGCGAGGGUCAAGGUCUGCAAGUGCUCGAUAGGUCUAUCGCCACUCCCCCAACGUGGGUCGACGUGGACGGUCCGGUAGUUCUGGUGGGCGACCUGACCCGAGCCUUGCUGCGCAACAGGGUCCGAGCUGGCGUUCACAGAGUCGUUGGCAAUCCCUGUGGCCGCAGCAGUUUGGUGUUCGCGCUACGACCCUACCUCAAGGGUAUCAUUGACCUCGCAGCCUUUGGUGGGAAAGGUUUAGUCGAUACCAGAGACUACUGCACGGCCGUCAAGGGCAGCAAGGUCAACGUCAAUGCCGCCAGAGAGGUUCGCGAGCAGCAGCAGAAAGAUCGAGAGCACUCAAGCUGUGCUUCAGCGUCUGGCACCAAUGGCUUCGGGUGACAGAGUCUGUGACGUCUCCAGACAUCAUGCCAAGCGAAUGGGCUGCGUGUCGGCCAACGCAAACAUCGUGCAUCUUAUUAUGUUGGCGGGCAAAGGCGCCAACCCGGUACACCUCGCAGACAACAUCUCCAAGCCGGCACCGCUUCCGAGCGUUUCAUGCAAACCCACGACUCGUGCAUGCUUCCCCAUGGGCACGAGUUUAACCGGCAAUUUAGCCAAUCCCACUCGGAUGGCUUGUAGCGGCUA